CCAUUAUCGGCGCCGCGAUGACGUUCAAGCGGAGCCGAGACCGCUUCUACAGCACCCGCUGUUGUGGGUGCUGCCAUGUCCGCACUGGGACCAUCAUUCUGGGCACCUGGUAUAUGGUGAUGAAUCUGUUGAUGGGUAUCUUGUUGACCGUUGAAGUGACUCACCCCAAUACAGUGCCAACAGUUGACAUCCAGUAUGAAGUCAUCGGCAACUACUAUGCCUCUGAGACAGUGGCUGAAAAUGCAUGUGUUGUCUUCGCCAUCUCUCUCCUCAUGUUCACAAUCAGUGCUAUGAUGGUGUACGGAGCUAUUGCGCAUCGAGUCGGCUGGCUGAUUCCAUUCUUCUGUUAUCAGCUUUUUGACUUUGUCCUCAGUUGUCUGGUGGCCAUAAGUUCUUUGACAUAUUUACCAAGAAUAAAAGACUAUCUGGACCAGCUGCCAGAUUUCCCAUACAAAGAUGACCUCCUUGCCCUCGAUUCAAGCUGUCUUCUGUUCAUUGUCCUGGUGUUCUUUGCCUUGAUCAUCAUCUUAAAGGCCUACCUAAUUAACUGUGUAUGGAACUGCUAUAAAUACAUCAUCAACAGAAACUUGCCUGAGAUAGCAGUGUACCCUGCAUUUGAAGCACCUCCACAGUAUGUUCUGCCAAGCUACGAGAUGGCAGUCAAAAUGCCUGAGAAGGAACCUCCGCCUCCUUACAUACCUGCUUGAAGCAACACAGCUGAUAUUGAAACAUCCUGUACCAGCUUCUCU